CUUGACACUGCCUCCCUCUCCCUUCCCUCCUCAUCCUUCCAGUUCCAUCUCCCCAUCUAUCCUUCCCUUCCUGAAAGUUGUUCUUUCAGACACAAAUCGCGUCUUUUCGCAUCUUCUCAUCAAAUUUCGAGAAGUGAUCGAUCUUCGCUUUAUCCCAAGGUGACUUCAACAGGUCGCAUAUCAGGCAUCAGUCGCGCGUGAUAUCUCUUUCAAAUCGCCAGCUUCACUCUUUACUACCAUCGCAACCAUGUCUGCCAACCUCGACAAGUCCCUUGACGAUCUCGUCAGUGGCCGUCGCCAGAACGUUCGCAACACUCGCCGCCGCGCUGGUGGCCGCCGCGCCGCUACCAAACCCGCUGUCGGAGGCGUGAAGAAAUCUACCAAGGCUGCCCCCAAGCCUGCUCAUCCCACUCCUAUUGUUCAAGCUUCCAGCAAGAUCCUCGUUAGUGGAUUGCCUGCCGAUGUUUCCGAGGCCAAUAUCAAGGAAUACUUCACCAAAUCCGCUGGCAGCGUCAAGCGGGUCAUGCUCACUUACAACCAGAAUGGCAGCAGCCGUGGUAUCGCCACCAUCAUCUUUGGCAAGGCAGACACCGCUGCCAAGGCCGCCAAGGAUCUUAAUGGCCUCCUCGUUGAUGGUCGUCCCAUGAAGAUCGAGGUCGUUUACGAUGCCUCUCACGCUCCUACCGCUCCUGCUGCUAAGCCUCUGACGGAGCGCGUUGCUCAGAAGGCCCGCCCCAAGUCCGCCGCUGCCACCAAGGCCAAAAGCAACCAGACCAACACCCAGGCCAACGAGGCUAACAGUGAGAAUGCCAAGGGCCGUGGCAAGGGCGCCGCCCGCCGUCGUGGUCGCAACCCUGGCCGUGGAAAGCCCAAGACUGUUGAGGAGCUCGACGCUGAUAUGAUGGAUUACUUCGCUACCGAUGCUCCUCCCGCCGAGAACGCUGCCCCCGUGAACGGUGCUGCCCCCCAGGCCAACGGCGGAGAUCUGGCGAUGAACGACGAGAUCUCGUAGGAGACUCAGUCGCCACUCUCACUUCGCUUCAUCGCUGCUUCCGCAUGAUACAGGUUCGCGUUAUUCCCGGGGGUUUUGAUGGUUGAUGCGCGGGUCAUAUCUUCUAUUAUCCUCCUUUUGAUUAUUUU